AUGAGUUCAGGAGACACGAGCGCAUUGGCUGAAGAGGUCACGCGCUUCAUGGUGGAAUGGCAGACAAAGACUGAAGUCAUAGCUCAUGCAGCACAUGUAUCAGCUGUUCGGUCUCUAUAUAAGAGAAUCCUGCUGCUGCACUGCUUCAUGCCCAUAGACCUGUGGGCUCUGGGUUAUCAGUAUAUGAAAGAUGAGUUCAGGAGACAGAGCGCAUUGGCUGAAGAGGUCACGCGCUUCAUGGUGGAAUGGCAGAACUACAAAGACACCCUACAGACACAGGUGCUGGAAGCGGUGGGAAUCAAGAAGUUGGCAUUUGGUGCUGAUUUAUCAGAAGAGAAACUCAAAGACUUUCAAGAUGAGCAGAUCGGACACCUUUACGAGCUUAUGCUUGAGUCCACAACACCCAACCGGCAGUUUGAUAUUCAAGACGAGGGAAUACCAAAGUAA